AUGGCGAGGUACCACGGCGGUCUGGCGCUAGUGGCGCUGUGUGCCUCCUGCCGCGGCUCCCUGGCGCUCGAGGACGACCCAUCCGAUGGCUUGUCCAUGGUGCAGGUGGCCUCGGUGAGGGAGGCCUCGGCGAAGGAGGCGACGGCGAAGGAGGACGACCGCGCCCCGCGCUCCUUCGGCUGGCCCGCGUGGCCCUGGAGCCGGGCCGCCCGGCCGCCCGCGCAGCCCGCCGAGCAGGCGCCGCCGGCUGGCGCGCCAGGUCAUUCUGUGACCGAGGCGGAGGCGCAGGCCACGAAGUCGAAGCUCCAGAGUGCCACCAAUGCCGCGCACGUCACCAGACUCGCCAGGAAAGCCGCCGACGCCUCCUCGGAGAUCGCCCAGCGCAGGGCCGCGGAGGCCGGGCUGCAGCAGCAGCACACUGCGGGCCUCAACGCCGCCGCGAGGCGGACCGGUCGAGGCGGUCGGGCACCCUCGCGGAGCGGCAGGGCGGAGAGACGAGCGUGGACGCUGCCGCUGGCGUCCUUUCUGGCGCCUCCGAGCGGCUGA